CUCUCUCGUCGUCAUGGCUCAGCAAAACAUCCCAAGGCCUCCAGAGAGGCUCCUUGUCUUUGGAACGGUUUCUUUCUACAUGGUUGCUGCUCUUUCAAUGGUCAUGGCCAAUAAAUGGGUGCUGAACAAAACUGCGGUACCUCUGUUCUUCCUCCUUACCCAGCUCCUCAUUGCUGUUUCCCUCUUCUCCGCCUGCCAUGGUCUCGGCCUCCUCAAAGUCUCUUUCCAUAUCGACCUUGCACUCAUUAAAGGUCUCGCUCCUAUGAUAAUCCUCAAUUGUAUUGGACUCAGCUUUAGUAACUUCACGCUCAAAUACGUCGAUGCCUCCUUCUAUCAAGUUGCACGUGGGCUCGUCCUUCCUUUCACAGUCGCCACCUCCGCAAUAUUUCUCUCCGCACGUCCUUCACGAGCAAUCCUCUUUGCCUGUGCGAUCGUCACCACUGGCUUUUUCAUCGGUGUUUUCCUCGACGGCGUCCAUGUUAAUGCAAUUGGUGUCUUUUUCGGCGUUGCCAGCAGUGCUGUCACUGCAUUACAUGCGGUGGUCAUCAAAAGGGCUAUCAAGCUUCUAAAUGAUUCCGCGCUCGACCUAUGCUGGUACACAAAUCUGCUGAGCGCAUGUGUAUUAAGUGUUGUCGUGAUACUGGCCGGUGAGGCUCCUGGAGUAUCAAAGCUUGUCUUUGGAGAUUCUGGUGUGCUGCGAACUUUCAUUUGGGGUUCACUCAUCACUGGGUUGAUUGGUUUCCUUAUGGGCAUCGCAUCUACACUCUCCAUUAAAAUCACCUCGCCCAUCACACACAUGGUCUCUUCGGCAGUACGUGGUGUUGCCGCAACGUUUCUCGGCAUGUGGUUCUUCUACGACGUAGUUACCAGUGGACGCGCAGCUUCCAUUGCCAUCAUUCUUGGUGGCUCAAUUUACUACACCUGGAUUAAACACGUCGAGUCCCAACAACCGCCAGCUGCCUCUUCCGAAAAGGCUUACGAGCGUAUACCCAUGGACGAAGUUGAAGCAGGCAAAGCAGAGAGCCGAAAUAGACCUGAAUAAAAGUAGUCUACAUAUUUGGUCCUUUCCCCUUUAUUGGAUAAUUUUAUUUAUUGGGUUGGUUAUUGAUAGAUAGAGAGCAAGACAUUCUUAUCAUUUUGUUCCGUACAUUCGUUGACUAUACGUAGAUCAACGUUCAUGUUAUGUAUACC